UAUUUACUCUUUUACUCUUUUCGUCGAGUGUAAUUAAUAAUUGUGUCAAUCAUGGUAGUGUUUCAAACACUGGCUAACGGUUACAGAACUAGCAUAGCGGUAUUUAUCGUAAGACCAGAUGGAACACACGUGGAAUGAUAAUCGUCUUGUUCCUUGCAUUUAGAUGCACUGAAACGGGAACCAUGAUCUUCUUUGAGGCUGUCUGUAGACAAGUAUGAGUCAUCGGUGUAAUACUAAUGAAUUUUAAGUAUGCCACAGGGUCUGGUUCAAAUUGCUCUAAAAAUAUUAUUUGUAAGUUGUGAGGAAAGUAGAGAAACGCGGAUAUUGAGUUAUUUUGUCUUGUUACGAGAUUCCUGUUGGCCACGCUUGUCACGAGAUUAAUGAUGGAAAGCCGGGUAUCUGCGAAGUACUUUUUGCCUGCGUACCUUCGGGCUCGAGAGUCACUGACAAUUUGAAACGAACAGGAAGUGGGUUGAUCGGUGCCUAUAAGUAAACAACGAGAUCAUAAUAUUAAAUUCUAUAUUAUGUAUAUCAGUACUUACAGCUAAUAAAUUACACAAACGAUGAUGCAAGCAGUUUUUCAAAUUUAAUAUGAUGGAUGUGUAUCUAACUAUUUCACCAAUUAUUAGCAAGCAAAGUACUGUCGUGACUUGACAGGACGAACAACAUAUUCUUAACAUAAACUGACGAGAGAAAACAUUUGCAUAACGUUAAAAUAAUUUCGUGCAAAGGAGAUGCAUCUCUUUGGAAAUAAUCAAGAGUAAAGGAUAGGAGGAUUUAUCAUUCGAAGGUGCGAAUUAUCAUUGCAAAGUAGGGGAUACCCGAGAGCUAUAGGUUAUUCCAGGGCGAAAGUGGCAUUUAUCGUACUUCGUGCCAACUUGCUUGGCUGACAUUAAGCCGAGUGCAGACGAUGCUUGCACGCGUGCAGCCUUAAUACCGGUUUAGCGUGAGGGGUCGCGACGCCAGUCACAUACUCUUCAUAAAUAAAUAAUUAUUUUAAAAUAUAAUCGUCAACUAACGGAGAUUUAAUUGGCCAUUAGUCCUUAAUCGAUGUUUCCUAUAAAGACAUUGGAAUAUAGGUCUGUUUCGUGACUAUACUUACACGUUCAUUUGGCAACGAUGUAAGCAAGUACAAUUUUCAAAAAAUAUUGCUAAAUUGCCGUAUUGCCAAAUAAGUCCAAUGUUUAACAAUGUUCAAAUGAUUAUAGAAAAACUGGCUUUAUAAUCAAGUACAUGUAUACAAACGCGGAAGAGUGGACUAUAAGUGAAUUAUAGCAGGAAAGGGCGAUGCACAUUUUGGCUUCCUAAUAGUUGCAGUUCCCCGGCCGAUCACCACUGCAGCAAUCAUUAAGGGGUUGCAAACACUUGCAACUUCUGUACCACGCUUGAUCUCGUUUAAUUUUAAUCAGAUACCAAUUGUGCAGACACAUGCGGCUUAAAAUAGCACCUUGUAAUUGCUUCAAUUAUGGAUAUUUCUCUACUACAACCAUUCCGUUAUUGUUUUUCCCUGUUGUUCCCUGCAAUUAGAAAUAAGUUAGUCUUCAUAAUAUUUUUCGUUUACACCUCGUUUUGCCGCGUUUGUUUAAUUAGCCUCGGUAUAAGCAGCAAUUUAUCUAGUAUUGAAUUUGCUAAGUUCAACGAAUUCCCGGAAGCGUAACAAAGUUGAGUACACUUAAUUAUACAGGAAGUAUACUUAGGUCGUUAGGGAGUAACGUUUUAUUCGAGACGAAAGGAAAUGCGCGCGCGCCUUUCCAUUCAUUUAGAUUACUCCCUGAAACGCUUUCUUUGUGUACUAUAUAUUUGUGUACUUAUGUUUCGCUUUUCCUUUUUUCGCCAACCGCUAGAUAUCGAUCGGUGACUUAAACGACGCUCGUACAGAUAGUAAUUUAAAUUAAUUACAAACAUCGUCGAGACCAGCGGUUCGAGUAGUAAUUAUACAUUUCUGAAACUAUGCAAAUCUUUCUUAUAAAACUUGUCUCCUUAAUCAUAACCAAAAAAAAUCAUUCGACUUUUAAUACAAAAUUAAUUUAAAAAUACGAAAAAUAAAAUUGUAUAUUUUAAUAAUAAUCUUGACAAACUAUUUCGAUAAAAUUUGAUUGCAUAUGCUUCCAUGAUUUGGAAGAAAAAGAGUCAUGAUGUUCGACAGAUAAGCUUUAUAUAUGGAUAGAUCACAAUCGUAGUAUGUAUUUCCUAAGAGGACCAAUAAUCGUGAUCGUCUAUACAUAACCUCGAACGUGCGUGGCAUACUAGCAAUCCCAUAUAGAGUCUUUCGAGACGUUUCUAAUUCCAUCACGCUUUCGAAACGGACCCAAAAGCAGUGCCCUCUAGUUUAACGGGGGAACUUAAUAUCUCUGAUUUCUUUGUAAUAUAACAAAUUUUCCAAAAAAUACGUAUUUUUUCAUACACUAACAUUUGUGCAUCGUCAGCCGAAUACUGAAACGUUCACACACGUAACAUAUACAUUCGUACGUAUACGCACGUAUCGACACAUACAAACACGACCACGCGGAACACACGGAGGGAAUGGGCUGUUUCUCCUUCUCUGUUGUGCCUUCAAACGUCUUCCUCUUUUCCUCCACCACCUUCUUUCUACGGCACAGAGAGUUCCUUUAAGCCGGCAGUUUCGUGUGUUACACCGUGGCGUGUGCACACAAGAUCCACAUAAGUUUUAUGUUCGAGGUGAGCACAAAAGGCACCCUGAGAGAUCGGCGGUGGCUUUCUUUGGAGGAACAAGUUUUCCAGGUGUCAUCCAGGUGUACGAACCGAUAGUCCAGUCUCGUGUAUGGACUCUCGUUCGUGAUAAAUAAAAGUAAAAGUCCCGUGGAAUCGCUUUAAACGUAUCGAGCCGCGCGGAUCUACAGUUUCGAAAGAGGACGUCUUUGUUCUGACGUUGGCGCUUCUUGUGAUCGUAACUGUGAUGUGACAAGUUUCGUGGAUGAACUCUGUGUGACAUUUGUGACAAGCUGAUCAGCUGGAACCGAGGCGCGUGCGGUAUCCGACACUGGAGGUGUUGUGAGAGGUUCCGGCAAGGCACGGGCACCGGAAGUCCCCAGGACUGGCAGCGAGUUACGUAGAAAUAUGGAACGUGGUCUGCACGAGCGUGACCGCGUCGGUGUCCAGGACUUCGUUCUUCUCGAGGACUUCCAGAGCGAGGACGCGUUUAUCGAUAAUUUGCGAAAGCGUUUCAACGAGAAUCUGAUCUACACGUAUAUUGGUCAAGUGCUGAUAUCAGUGAACCCCUACAAGAAAUUACCAAUUUAUAACUCGGAAACCAUUCAAUACUACCAUGGAAGAAAUUUUUUCGAAGCUCCGCCACACAUCUUCGCGCUUUCUGAUACUGCUUAUCAAUCUUUGUUGAAGGAGAAUCUGGACCAAUGUAUUCUCAUUUCCGGCGAAUCCGGUUCAGGGAAAACCGAAGCUUCGAAGAAGGUGCUAGAGUUUAUCGCAGCUGCUACCGGGCACAAGAAACAAGUGGAAGAAGUAAAUGACAAAUUGAUCGGUAGCAAUCCGGUGCUCGAAGCUUUCGGGAACGCGAAAACUAAUCGCAAUGAUAACUCGUCCCGUUUCGGCAAGUACAUGGAUAUCCAAUUUAAUUUCCAGGGAGAUCCAAUCGGUGGAAACAUCUUGAAUUACCUACUCGAGAAAUCACGAGUAGUGCAUCAAUUUUCGGGAGAGCGUAAUUUUCAUAUAUUUUAUCAAUUGUUAGCCGGAGCAAGCGAGGAGACUUUGCGGAAGUUAUAUCUCAAGAGAAAUUUAGAUACGUACUAUUACCUUACCAAUGGGACGAAAGGCACCAUAGACAGUAUCGACGAUGCGACUCAGUAUAAUGAAGUAAUAAAGGCGAUGAAGACUAUGGAGAUGACUCAGCAGGAACAGGAUGACCUAUUCGCAAUAGUUGCAUCGGUAUUGCACAUGGGAAAUGUUGGUUUUACCGAGGAAGAUGGUGUCGCGCAAAUCUUAAAACCAGCUUCUGUCGAGGCGGUUGCCGCUUUAUUGGGUUGCGACAUAAAACAGUUGGCGGGGGCCUUUACAAAUCGCACCAUAGACGCCCACGGUGACGUGGUCGUUUCCCCGUUGAACAGAGAAUUUGCGAUUUAUGCACGGGAUGCGUUGGCGAAAGCUGUAUAUGACAGACUGUUCACAUGGCUCGUGACCAGAUUGAAUAAAUCCUUGCAGCCGAUUAACAAUCCACAUAAGAAAAUGGUCAUAGGAAUCCUGGAUAUUUAUGGUUUCGAAAUCUUUCAGAAGAACAGCUUCGAACAGUUCUGUAUAAAUUACUGCAAUGAGAAGUUGCAGCAACUUUUUAUUCAAUUGACACUGAAAUCGGAACAAGAGGAGUAUUUGAGAGAGGGAAUAACGUGGGAAAAUGUUCAAUAUUUUAAUAAUAAAGUCAUUUGCGAUUUAAUCGAAGAAAAAUAUAAAGGUAUAAUAUCCUUAAUGGAUGAAGAAUGCCUCCGUCCCGGAGAACCAACCGAUUUGAGCUUCCUAGAAAAAUUGAAUGUAAAUUUGAAUAAUCAUCCUCAUUACAUAAGCCACAUGAAAGCAGAUCUACAAACACAGAAAGUUAUGGGACGUGAUGAGUUUAGAUUGGUGCAUUACGCUGGCGAAGUAACGUACAACGUCCGUGGGUUCCUUGAGAAGAAUAAUGAUUUAUUAUAUAGAGAUUUGCGUGAAGUAAUGUCGCACACGACGAACUCGAUUAUUAAGAACGUGUUUGACGUAAAAGAUUUGACCAGCAAAAAACGACCAGAUACUGCUAUUACGCAAUUUAAAAACAGUUUAAAUAAUCUGGUGGAGAUUCUUAUGGGCAAAGAACCUUCUUAUAUUCGUUGUAUUAAACCCAAUGACUAUAAAAUGCCUAAUAAAUUCAACGAGAAAAUUAUACUGCAUCAAGUAAAGUAUUUAGGUCUUAUGGAAAAUUUAAGAGUAAGGCGAGCUGGUUUCGCCUACAGAAGGCCCUAUGAACAAUUCUUACAACGUUAUAAAUCUCUGUGUCCGCAAACAUGGCCUAACUAUCAUGGUCCCGCUAAAGAAGGUGUACAGAUACUCGUGUGUCAUCUUGGUUUCGAAGAAGAUGAAUACAGGAUGGGCAAUACAAAAUUAUUCAUUCGAUUCCCUAAGACAUUAUUCGAUACGGAAGACGCCUUCCAGAUGAAGAAGCAUGAAAUAGCUGCUAUUAUUCAAAGUAAAUGGAAGUGUAUAUUAAUAAGACGAAGGUAUUUAAACAUGAGAAAGGCAGCAGUAGUUUUUCAAAAGUAUAUUCGAAGAUGGUUGGCGAAACAGGAAGCUGAAAGAAGGCGAAAAGCAGUUAUUAUUAUUCGACGAUUUAUCGAAGGAUUUAUUACACGAAAUGGGCCACCAACAGAGCUUAACAUCGCUUUUAUCGAGCUAGCAAAAUCUCAGUGGUUAAUCAAGCUCUCUAAGUCACUUCCAGUUGGUGUGUUAAAUAAUUAUUGGCCACCAUGUCCAUAUUCUUGUCGAGAAGCCUCAGAGCAUUUGCGCAUCAUAUACAAAAAAUGGAAAGCUCGGAAUUAUAGAUUGGCUUUGUCAAAAGAGGAUAAGCAGCAAUUCGAAUUAAAAAUUUUAGCUGAAUCUCUCUUCAAAGACAAAAAGAAAUCGUAUGCAAAGAGUUUUGGACCAAAGUUCAAGAAUGAUCGACUUGGUCCCGAAUACAAUGCCUUGAGACAGAGUUUCAUUAAUAAUCAUCUUUCUAAAAAUGAAACUAUAAAAUAUGCGACUCCUGUUAUUAAAUAUGAUCGACAUGGUUAUAAACCCCGUGAAAGGGUAUUAAUUUUAACAGAGCAUGCUGUGUAUAUUUUAGAUACCUUAAAAACGUUCAAACUUAAACAUCGAUUACCGUAUAAAUCAAUUGAAGAGUUGGUGGUUACUGGAGAAUCGGACAAUUUAUUGAUCGUUAGGAUACCACCCGAAUUAAAAAAGGAUAAGGGUGAUUUAAUUUUGGAGGUACCACAUAUCAUAGAAGCAUUAACAAAAGCAAUUGAUAUCACUAAUAACCCAAAUAUUCUUAAAAUUGUUCAUACGGAAUCAGUGUCACAUAAACUAGUCAGUGGUAAAGAAGGUGUGAUUGAAUUCAGAACUGGUACAACUCCAGCCAUUAGUAAAAACAGACAAAGUGGACAUUUGUUAGUGGUAAAUAUAAACCUUGCUUUGUGUUUAGUUCAAUUUUACUCCAGUUAAUGUUCGUGGAGUCUUUCCCAUCAAUUCCUGGAAUUGGUAUUACAGAGUGAGCGUGUCAUUCGCUCUGAAUGUCACAGUCUCGCUCUUGCAGUCUGAGAUGAAAGUACCGAAAAGGAAUAAACCCGUGUAACUUCUGAGAAUUCACCUUCUAGAAUAGUUUUCAUUGCACAGGUUCAAACCAGCGAACAUUAAACGGGGACUACUGUAGAACAUUUGGUAGAUUCAAAAUAAGAUAUGCUGCUCAACUUGUAUUUGUGUUUAACGUUGUAGGUGGCUUCUCCAUAAAGUUCAAAUAAUGUUUUAAACGAACUUGUACUUAGAAAGAAGCGUUCAGCCUACAAAAUACGUAACGCAGCCUUAAUCGAUGUGAUCUAGAGUGGAAGUUUAUUAAGAAGAGAUAAUAUAUUAAAAUUUAGUACAUUUAUCAAAUCGAACUCACAAUUUUGUACCUUGUUAUAUGAGUUAUGUAAAAUAUCUUGUGAAAUAAUGUUUAUUUUUGUAAUUAGCGCAUUAUCAGCGAAAUGAAAACCUUUCGCCGUCGAUGUGAAUCAAUUAAAAACGAAACCCUUGUGCCUUCUAGGAAACUAUUGUCGGAUAAUCGCACAAAAAAGUAAUUUAUUGCGGGAUGUUUUGCAGGUGCACUGAAAAUUAUUAUUUUCUUUUUAUAUUUAUAUCCUAUAAGUCACUGUGCCAUUGAUUUCAUGUUCAGAAUUAUUCUAUGAAAUAACAAUACAAAUUAAAAUAAUGAUCUUAAAUCUUAACAGA